UGUAUAAAGCGAAUUUGUUCUCAGAUACCAUUUACCUACAGCAGUUAAUUCACUAAUGAGUCAUUCUUUUCCAUUCACUGAGGCAGGCCCUUAAGAGACCAGCAACUAGAAGAAAGUCUGCCGGCCAACAAGCAAUGGGGAGACCUGCUCACUGAGCCCCAACGAAGUCCCAAGGAGGAGGAAGACAGGGUUUCAUCCCCCACCCUCGGAGAAUUCCAAACUCGUCCUGGUUCUUAUUGAGACGUGAAAGGAAUGAGGAGGAGAGUAAGCCAGUCCUUUCCCCAGUCACUGGUCUUCGAAACUCUUCUUGGUUCGGAUUUGCUUGUGUUUCCCAGCCCGCACCAGCCGCCUUCCACAACUCCGAGUGGGCAGCGAGGUACUUGCUGGCGCCUCCUCCCUCAACGGUUCCAUGUCCAUCAGAUCUCCCUCCUUUGACUCUGUGGUAUGUGGUUAGGGGGGUUUCCAACUCCCAGGUGACAUUUCUGUUCCCCAAAGAUAACAGCCAGCGUGGGUGUUUACUUGCUGGUGGUGUUAUCUAAGAUCAACACGGGCUGCUCCGGCCUCCAGAGGCCCCUGGGAGGCUUCAUGUCUCAGUAGCUGCCUGGCUACCGUAGUUGGGGUUUUUCUAUUUUGGGGUGUUUUUUGGGCAGGGGAAAUUGGUGGCUCUGAAAAAGUUGCAACUCCACACCAAGGGUUCCAGUUUUUUCUCCACCCUUACCACCUUCAGCCCCUUUGGGUCCCAGGGCCAAAGCGGGUCUGUGCUCAGGUGGCAAAAGGGCUGUGAAGGCCUCCUGGUGACACAUUCACAUUCUGCUGGGGCUAAAUGUGGCGUUUCAGCCACCACAGUGGGCUGGUGAUGAGGUUAACUUUCAACUGGAGGUAUUUAGUCCCCCACUGUCUGUUGAAGGAUUCAGUCCAGCCCAGCGUGUGCCUCCACUGUCCCAGGAGCUUCUCUGAGGAUCCAGUCCCCCCUGAAGUUGGUCUUUAAGUUAGGGUGGUCAUUUGGCCAUCAGCUGUUCUACUGCUUCGUAUCUUCCCAUCUGGCUAUCCUGCCCCAGCUCCAUCUCGCUCAGAGCAGACUGAUGUUCCUGGAACGCCAUGUUCAUUGUGGAGGCAGAUGGCAUCUCAGAAAGAACACCGUACUAGUUCCCAAGGAAUGCACAUCAGCGCCACAGAAGCGAGGCCACCUCUGAGAUGGAGCUGCUGGUUUAAAACAAACACCAGGCUUCCUAUAUAAGGACCAGACAUCCCCCAGGCACCAACUCUGCCAGGAAUCCCAGGCCCAUCUGUCCCCAACCCACUUGCAGCCAUGCUCUCCCUGGGGACCAUCUGCAGCCUACUGCUCCUCAGUGUGCUCUGGGUAGACAUAGCCACAGCAGGCUCGAGCUUCCUGAGCCCCGAACAUCAGAAGAUCCAGCAGAGAAAGGAGUCCAGGAAGCCACCAGCCAAACUGCAGCCCCGAGCUCUAGAAGGCUGGCUCCGCCCAGAAGACGGAAGCCAGGCUGAAGGGGCAGAGGAUGAACUGGAAAUCCGGUUCAACGCCCCCUUUGAUGUUGGAAUCAAGCUAUCGGGGGCUCAGUACCAGCAGCACAGCCAGGCCCUGGGGAAGUUUCUUCAGGACAUCCUGUGGGAAGAGGCCAAAGAGGCCCCCGCUGACAGAUGAUCACCUACAAGACUGGCUCACCUCCCUGUUGUCCUCCCAGGCUUGGAAGCUCUCAUCUGGCUUUUAGAUUGCUUCUGCAACAACUCCCAGUACUACUGUACUAGCUCAGGAGGUGAAUAAAUGUUCAAACUGUA